AUGAGUAUUACUAAGUUUAAAAAAGUGGAGUUAAAGGCUAUUGCCGAGGAGUUAAAAUUACCUAUACCUGAUAAUGCUAAAGUUCUAGAUUUAAGAAAGUUAAUACAGGAGAGUAAGAUUUAUAAAACAGAUAAAGAAUCGUAUCAAACAAUUGUUGACUGUGUACUUGAGGAAAUAAACGAGAGAAAAGAUAAACUUGAGCGGGAAAAAUUAGAAAACAAAAAUCGACUUGAGCGGGAAAAAUUAGAAAACGAAAAUCGACUAGAAUUUGAGAGAAUUAAACUGUCCCAGUUAGAAAGGGAAUUAGAAAUUGCAAAAUUGCGUGAACAAUCUCGAGAGAGUGAGCCAUCACAAAAUGACAUUAAAACAAUCGGAACAGAGUGUAAUGUAGAGAGUUUGAUUAAGAGUAUUAAAACUCUAACUAUUCCGAUUCCUCAGAGAGCCGAGUCAUUUAAUUUAUUUUUUCAGUCGAUUGAGAAGGCAUUUAAAACCAAAGAUGUUCCCGAGAAAUUAAAACCCGAAAUUCUUUUAAAUAUCCUUGGAGAGAAAGCGUGUAAUUUAAUGGUUUAUCUUCAAGAAGAAGAUUUGAGUAAUUAUGAUAAACUUAAAGCCAUAGUGUUAAAGGAGUUUCAACCAACACCCCAAGAAUGUCUAAAUCACUUUAAAAAGGCGCAAAGGUUACCCAAUGAAAGUUAUGUGCAGUUCGCAUCUAGAUUGAGUGCAACCUUUGAAUACUAUUGUCAGUUACGGGAGGUAAAAGACUUAAAAUCAAUUUGUGAAUUAAUAGUGUCAGAUAAAAUAAUCGAGACGUUGGAUAGAGAAUUAACUACUCAUAUUGGCGUAAAACAAGGAGAGACGUGGUUUAAACCACAUGAGUUAGGCCGAGAAUGCGAUAUUUUCAUAUCGUCGAAGGGAAAAAUUAGAGAACAAAGUUUAAUACCUAAUUAUAAAUCUAAAUAUGAACCGCGGCGUUAUGAUGUCAGUAAUCAAAAUAAUAGUCGUGGGUCAAAAAAUACUUCAAGUGUUUAUCUGUCUUCCGUUAAAAAUGCGAAAUGCAUUGUAAAUAGUUGUAAAACAAAGGAAUCCCACCCACUGUAUUUGUGUCCUGUGUUCAAAUCUCUUAGCGUUGACGAAAGAAUAGAUAUCGUGAAAACUAAUUGCUUAUGUUAUAAAUGUUUUUCCUCAAAUUGUUUCGUUAAGAAGCCGUGUAGAGCUAAAAAUUGUUUUUGUGGGAAACCGCACAAUAGAUUAAUUCAUUAUCCCAAAAGAGAUAACUCUUCCGCCCAGACACAAACCGCAACAGGAGCCAAUGAUUCGACGCCGUUGAAUCCAAAUGCACAUGCUUACGUCAGUCAGGGAGGGUCAGCAAAUAUUGCCUUCCCCCAAAGUGAGAGCGAGAGAAAUGCAUCAGUAGUGGCUACGAGUUUUUUGCAAAACAAAACAAAAACAGUUUUAUUGAGUACCGUGCGAUGCUUAAUACGAGACAGAUACGGCGCGAGACAUGAAGUGAGGUGCCUUCUAGACGGAGGAAGCGAGUCAAAUUUUAUAACGAAGGAUUGUGCGGAUAGAUUGCAGUUGAGGAAUGAGAAAAUUAAUUUACUUGUAUCUUGUUUAAAUGAUUCAUCAAUGACGGUUAAUGGGUGUGUUAUGGCAACCAUAAAUAAUCUUGAUAUGAGUUUUAAAAAAGAGCUUAAUUUGCUAGUUGUCAAAAAAAUAACCGAUUUAAUUCCUUCAAGAAUGAUUAAUGUUUCAAUUGAUUUACCUAACGAUAUUGAGCUGGCAGACUACGAAUUUAAUAUUCCUGGAAAAAUUGAUGUUUUAUUAGGCGCGGAAAUAUUUUAUGAAUUGCUUAGGCCAGGUCAAAUUUAUACAGGAGAUUCUCGACUACUUUUGCAAAAUACAGUGUUCGGAUAUGUCGCUAGCGGAAGUGUAGAUGAGGAGGUGAAUAACAAAAUGCACUGUGGUUUAAUUCGAGAUAGUGAUUUAAAUACAACAUUAAAGACCUUUUGGGAGUUAGAAUCAAUAGGUGUCAAGGACGAGGGUAUUACUAGUGAGGAGGACAUGAAUUUAGAAUUGUUUAAGGAAAAUAUAUGUUUUAAAAAUGGUAGGUAUGAGGUGGGACUCCCGUGGAAAAGAGAUAGUAAUGAGUUGAGCGAUAAUUUUGAUUUAGCAAAAAGACGACUCAGCAGUCUUAUGAGAAAAAUGCAAAAUGAUAAGGUGUUGUAUUCUGAGUAUUGUAAAGUUUUAAAGGGUUACCUAGAUGAGGGGAUAAUUGAGAGGGUAACAAAUCCGUUUGCUUCAACAAAUAACCCAGUGUUUUAUCUUCCUCACCAAGUGAUAAUAAAAAAUGAAUCUCUAACAACAAAAUUACGUAUAGUUUUUGAUGCUAGUGCACAUGAAAUAGGACAAUUAUCGCUGAACGAUUGUUUACAUCAAGGAGUUAAUUUAAAUCCAAACAUUUUUGAUUUGUUGAUAUCCUUUCGCUUGAACAAAAUAGCCAUUUUAGCUGAUAUGGAAAAAGCCUUUCUCCAGAUUUCUUUGACUCCAAAAGAUAAAGAUGCAGUUAGGUUUCUUGUGGCUAACAGUGAAAAAGAUGUUCAAGUGUAUAGAUUCAAUCGAGUUCUUUUUGGUGUGAACUCGUCUCCAUUUCUAUUGGCCGCAACUAUAAAAUCCCAUAUUGAGAAAUAUAAGGAACAAUAUCCCGCUACUGUGCGGACACUCGAUAGUUGUUUUUACGUGGACGAUCUCGUCACUGGUGAAGACGACGUAUCAUCAGCAUUUGACUUGUCAAACACAGCAGCGAAAAUCAUGGAUGAUGUAGGGAUGAAUUUGCGAAAGUGGAUUUCAAAUGACUGUGAUUUAAUGAAACAAUGGCAGACAGAACAUUUCGACCAUUUAAAUAUUAACGAUUUCGUGAACCAACCACAUCGUGUUUUGGGACUUUCGUGGAGUCCUCAAAAGGACUAUGUUAGUCUUAAUUUAAAAUGUCUAUUGGACUUGCUUCUGAAAAGGAAAAAUACUAAACGAUUCUUGUUGAUGGCCGCAGGCAGAAUAUUUGAUCCAAUGGGAUUUGUAUCCCCCUUCACUAUAAGAUUUAAAAUCUUAUUUCAAGAAAUCUGGCAAAGUAAAACAGACUGGGACGAAGAGUUACUGCCAGAUGUUAAUGAGAAGUUUGAACAGUGGUGUUCAGAAGCGUCUUUCUUAGGUAAACUUCAGAUUCCUAGAUAUGUCCUUGAGUGUGAUAGUGAGAAUCCCCCAGAGUGUGAAAUACACACAUUUUCCGAUUCUAGCAUUAAAGCGUAUGGAGCUGUCUCAUAUUUAAGACUGAAAACUCCUAACAAAAUUUGUGUGUAUCUUUUAGCUUCAAAAUGCCGUGUGGCUCCUCUAAAGCCAUUAUCCCUUCCACGUUUGGAAUUAAUGGGUGCGUUACUUGCUGCGAGAUUGGCAAAAGAAGUAUCAAGAGUCCUCAGUGAGAAAAUAUCAGCAACCAACCACUUUUGGACAGAUUCCACUAUAGCCUUGAGUUGGAUUCAAGGUUCCAGCAACAGAUGGAAAGUCUUUGUCGCCAACCGUGUGAAGGAAAUACAAUCCUUGACAAACAAAGAUAUGUGGCACCAUUGUCCUGGAAAGGACAAUCCAUCUGAUCUUCUUACGAGAGGCAUCAGCGCCGACUCACUGUUGAACUGUGAGAAGUGGUGGAAUGGACCGAGUUUCCUACAUGAAGAAAACAUUGUCGCUAAAAAUGAUGACGUGAUACUUAGUGAUGACAGUGUGUGUCAGGAAGAACUAAAAUCGUUCAUCGAUAAUUGUAAGCAACCAUUUAACAAACAAACUGGACCAUUGAAGAUAUCCGAAGUCCAACGAGCGGAAACUACGCUUGUGAAGUUGGUGCAACAGGUAGAAUUUGAAUCAGAAUUAAAGGACUUGUCCACUAAGGGUAUGGUUAGCCCUCAAAACAAUGCUUCCAACUUUGUAGGCACACAAUUAGAGUUAAAGAGACUGAGAAAAAUUCUGAGUAAUAGUAACAAUAAUAUGAGUAAAUUUUUGUGUGAUGAACGUGUUCAGUGGAGUUUCAUUCCACCAAGAGCACCAAAUCAUGGAGGCCUCUGGGAGGCUGGAGUCAAGGCCGUCAAAUAUCAUAUAAAGCGAAUUAUGGGUAAUUUAAAAUUCACUUAUGAAGAAUUUUUAACGAUUCUUAACCAGAUUGAGGGAAUUCUCAACUCACGUCCCCUCUACCCUUUAUCAUGUGACCCUAACGAUUUUGAUGUUUUGACUCCUGGUCAUUUCCUUGUUGGUCGUCCGAUUUCAGCAAUUGUUGAACCGAGUUUAACUGAACUGCCUGAUAACAGGUUAAAGGUUUGCUCCAACUUCAAUUUAUGA